AAGGUGGGGCUACAUACGUCACGGGGCGGGGCUGAGGGCAGGAGGCGGCUCCCCAGCCCGGAGCUGUCAGUGGGGCAGUGGUUGCCCGUUUGGAUUGGGACUUUCCGCGGUACCGGAGCCCCCAGCACCAUGGCCGAUGUCUUCCAGCACAACGACAGCACCUCGUCCUCCUCCUCCUCCCAGGAGGUAGCGCAGCGCUUUGCCCGCAAGGGGGCCCUCAGGCAGAAGAACGUCCAUGAGGUGAAGAACCACAAAUUCAUCGCUCGCUUCUUCAAGCAGCCAACGUUCUGCAGCCACUGCACCGACUUUAUAUGGGGCUUCGGGAAGCAAGGGUUCCAGUGCCAAGUUUGCUGCUUCGUGGUUCACAAGCGCUGCCAUGAGUUCGUCACGUUCACCUGCCCCGGGGCAGAUAAAGGCCCAGACACAGAUGACCCAAGAAGUAAACACAAGUUUAAAAUCCACACGUACGGGAGCCCCACCUUCUGCGACCACUGCGGCUCCCUCCUCUAUGGGCUCAUCCACCAGGGAAUGAAGUGCGAAACCUGCGACAUGAAUGUACAUAAAGUCUGUGUCAUCAAUGUGCCCAGCUUGUGCGGAAUGGACCACACGGAGAAGAGGGGGCGGAUUUACUUGAAAGCAGAAGUGAAAGGAGACGUGUUAAAUGUCAUAGUCCGUGACGCCAAAAACCUGAUCCCUAUGGAUCCCAACGGCCUAUCAGACCCCUACGUCAAGUUGAAACUGAUCCCCGACCCCAAGAACGAAAGCAAGAAGAAAACCAAAACCUUCCGCUCCACCCUCAACCCCCAGUGGAACGAGUGCUUCACCUUCAAGCUGAAGCCGACAGACAAAGACAGGAGACUCUCGGUAGAGAUCUGGGACUGGGACCGGACCACCAGGAACGACUUCAUGGGAUCCUUGUCCUUCGGGGUCUCCGAGCUGAUGAAAAUGCCGGCGUGUGGUUGGUACAAGCUGCUGAACCAGGAGGAGGGCGAGUAUUACAACGUGCCGAUCCCCGAGGAGGAGGAUGAUGGGAACAUUGAGCUGCGGCAGAAAUUUGAGGGUACAGUGCCAGCCCGGGAUAAGGUGGUCCCUCCUGUGCAAAAAGCCAAACUGGGCCCCGCCGGGAACAAAGUCAUCAGCCCCACGGACGAGCGGCGCCCCUACGUCCCCUCCAACAACAUCGACAGCGUCCGACUCACCGACUUCUCCUUCCUCAUGGUGCUGGGCAAGGGCAGCUUCGGCAAGGUCAUGUUGGCGGAAAGGAAGGGGGCGGACGAGCUCUUUGCCAUCAAGAUCCUGAAAAAGGACGUGGUGAUCCAGGACGAUGACGUGGAAUGUACCAUGGUGGAGAAGCGGGUACUGGCGCUGCAGGGCAAGCCGCCCUUCCUCACCCACCUGCACUCCUGCUUCCAGACUGUGGAUCGCCUGUACUUCGUCAUGGAAUACGUGAACGGGGGGGACCUGAUGUACCACAUCCAGCAAGUGGGCAAAUUCAAGGAGCCCCAAGCCGUGUUUUACGCAGCAGAGAUCUCCGUUGGGCUGUUCUUUCUGCACAAGAAGGGGAUUGUGUACAGAGACUUGAAGUUGGACAACGUCAUGUUGGACUCCGAGGGACACAUUAAAAUUGCCGAUUUCGGGAUGUGCAAGGAGCACAUGGUAGACGGGGUAACGACCCGGACCUUCUGCGGCACCCCUGAUUAUAUUGCCCCGGAGAUCAUUGCUUACCAGCCCUACGGGAGGUCGGUGGAUUGGUGGGCGUAUGGAGUCUUGUUGUACGAGAUGUUGGCCGGGCAGCCGCCGUUUGAUGGCGAGGAUGAGGAUGAGCUCUUCCAGUCUAUUAUGGAGCACAACGUCUCCUACCCGAAAUCUAUGUCCAAAGAAGCUGUGUCCAUUUGCAAAGGGUUAAUGACGAAGCACCCAGUGAAGAGAUUGGGGUGCGGGCCGGAGGGGGAGCGGGAUAUUAGGGAACACACAUUCUUCCGCCGGAUCGACUGGGAGAAGCUGCAGAACAGAGAGAUCCAACCGCCAUUCAAGCCGAAAGUGUGCGGAAAGGGGGCAGAAAACUUCGACAAGUUCUUCACCAGGGGGCAACCGGUACUGACGCCCCCCGACCAGUUGGUCAUCGCCAACAUUGACCAGGCCGACUUCGAGGGCUUCUCCUACAUCAACCCCCAGUUUGUGCACCCCGGCCUGCAGCUUGUGGCGUGAUUGGCCAGAGACGCAAACGCACGAAGAUCCAUUCCAACCCUACAAUUUCAGGGCCUGGCCCCCCCCCCGGCGCAUCCCGGGACCCUGACAAUUCUAGGGUUGGGCGCCAUGUUGCUGAGGGACUGUAGCGGCAGUGCCACAGCCAGAAGUAUUGGGCGCGGCCGUGUCUCUCCAUUGGCCACUCGGGGGUCACAUGGGGUCUUGGGUGCAUUGUGAUGUCACCCCAUAACGCCAUCCGUUGCCAUGAGAGACGGUCCUAGCGACCCAUACCCUUGGUGUUGCCGGGGGUUGCGCUCUUACUAAAUCCGUAACGGUACUAAAUCCCAAGGGUGCAACUCCCCGCCCCCCCCCCCCCCCCCCCCCCCAGUGCCAUAUGCCUUACAGUAACGGCUAACGUGGCUAAUCUGCCCCACAGAGGGGCAGGAGGGGGAGAUCAUAUCCCAUUGGCCCAAUCCAUGGAGUAUUACCCACAGCAGUUUUAUACGCCAAAUAUCUGCUCUCUCUUUCCUUUGGCUCCUAACGAGCACUUAAUGAGGUCUCCUUGUAUCUUUAGGGUUAAUAAAUCAUGGCCACACAGGUUGGGGGCGUGGCUUUUAUUCUGAUUUAAUGCCAUGGGGGUCAUAUCUGUCCCCCCCCAGGCACCCCCAGUGUCCUCCCAUUCUUAUAUUGUGUCAUUAAUCUCAUUCAUAUUAAGCCCCGCCCCUUUGCCCCGUAUGGGGGCAGAUUUGUGUUGCGCUGCAUGCGAGGGGCCGGUGCAUGGGGAUUGGCCAGCGGCUCGUGUUGCAUGUCGGCCUCCCGGGAUCCCAUUCGCCACAAAUACGGGAAUCUUUUCUUUCCUCGUCAGUCGCCAAUAAUCACUCGCUCGUUAUGGUUUGUGCCAAAAUGUCUGUAAUUAACAUUUCCCAAUCACUUUCUCAUGGUGUCGGCCGUACGAUUGGCCGCCAUGUUUGCUCAAAGCAUCCGCCAAUGAUUCGCCAAUGAUCCCAGUCCCCGGGGCGGGGGGGAAACUGUUAUGGUUAGAAAUGCACAAUUCUGUAAAUACGAUCCUAUUGGUGAAUAAAUCAUUUCCUGUCUCAGCUUCA